AUGGCGCUCCCUCAUCCCCAAGCACCGACAAACCCGCCAGAUCUCUCCAGCAAACUGCCGCGCCUCGUCCCUCGUUCAAAGCCCCGAACACCGCCAGCAUCUUCAAACUCACCUCCAGAGACGCCGCCACUACCCCCACCACCUUCUCUAGCAAACUGGCACUUCCUCAAGCCAAGCCGCCGCAUUCUCUCCAAGCAUGACCACGAGCUCUUCCUCGCCUCGCCGACCUACACCCUCAUCACAUCGUUCAUCUUCACCCUCUCUGAUAGCGUCCGCGAUACACCCAUCUCCGCGGUCAACACCGCCGGACUUUCUCCCACUGUCGCAGCCAUCCUGAGUAUCCUCGAUGAAGCGGAGGAGAUUCUGGGACAGUGUCCCGCUGAAGACACAGGCGGCAGCCGGUUCGGCAAUGCGGCGUUCCGCACCUUCCUGGACGCGACGGAGCGGGCGCAGGAGAGCUGGCACCGGAAACUCGGGCUCUCGGAUCCAGACGCUAUCGAAGAGGUCUCAACGUACCUACAACACAGCUUCGGCAACAGAACACGCAUAGACUAUGGCAGCGGACACGAGCUGAACCUCUUCAUGUGGCUGCUCUGUCUAUACCAGCUUGGGCGUUUCUCUCCCGCCAAUCCCUCUUCUCCGCCAACAGAACUUACAACGCCGGCCAUGACACCGAUCUUUCAGCAAAUAGUGCUGGUCUUGUUUCCCCGCUACCUCCGCCUCCUCCGCUCCCUCCAGACAACAUACUACCUCGAGCCCGCCGGCUCCCACGGCGUCUGGGGUCUCGACGACUACCAGUUCCUCCCUUUUCUCUUCGGCGCCUCCCAACUACUGCACCACCCCUACAUCCGCCCCAAAAGCAUCCACAACCCGCUCGUGCUGGAAGAAGGCGCCAAGGACUAUUUGUAUUUGGAUCAAGUGGCUUUUGUGAACAGCGUCAAGAACGUCGAGGGUCUGCGGUGGCAUUCCCCGAUGCUGGACGAUAUCAGCGCCGCCAGAAACUGGGGGAAGGUCGAGGGAGGCAUGCGGAAAAUGUUUGUGGCGGAGGUGCUGGGGAAGUUGCCGGUUAUGCAGCACUUCCUUUUUGGAUCGCUCAUCCCGGCUGUGGAGGAGAUGAGCAGGGAGGAGGAGUAUGGGGUUGGGAGAGGGGAGGAUGAGCAAGAAGGCGGAGAGGGGGUCGUCAUGAGGGAUGGGAUGCGGCAUGUGCAUGCGGAGACGGGAUGGGGGGACUGCUGUGGGAUUAAGGUCCCCGCGGCUGUGGGGGCGCAGGGGGAGAUGAAGAGAAUGGGGGUUGCGGGGGGGUUGAGGAGGGUGCCUUUCGACUAG